AUGAUAAAGUAUCAAUCAAGGAUCACUUCGAGAGUGUCAGUUAACCGAGCGGAAAUCAUGAAGAAGCAAAGGGAAGCGGAAGAGCUGAGAAAAGCCGCGCUCAAAGCUGGUAUUCAAGUUGGCGCCGAAGAAGAGAAGCACAAUCAAGAGAUCACAGCGGCUUUGAGUGCUGUGGUGAACGACGUUGAACGAAUUCCUCCGAUUCCGGUGGUUGAAGAGCCAGUACCAGCAACUGGAGAACCUGAAGAUCCUCUGGAAGUUCGUCGAAGGCAAAUUCGGGAGAAUAUUCGCAAAGAGAGAGAAAGGCGCUGGAAUCUCAUGGUUUCCGAAUAA